AUGGCAUUCAAGUUUGUGACCUUCGCCGCUCUGGUCGCCGUCGCUCGCGCCGGUCUGAUCGCCCAGCCUGCUCUGAGCUACGCCGCUGCCCCGGCUCUCCUCUCGGCCCCGGUUGCCAAGGUCGCCUACGCCGCGGCUCCGAUCGCCAAGGUCGCUUACGCCGCCCAGCCCGAGGAGUACGACGCGAACCCGCAGUACUCGUUCUCGUACGGAAUCUCCGACGCUCUGACCGGAGACUCCAAGUCCCAGCAGGAGUCGCGCAGCGGAGAUGUUGUCCAGGGAUCGUACUCCGUCGUUGAUCCCGAUGGCACCAAGCGUACUGUGGACUACACUGCCGACCCGCACAACGGAUUCAACGCCGUGGUCCGCCGUGAACCCCUUGCCAAGGCCGUCGUUGCCGCCCCGGUCGCCACCAAAGUCAUCGCUCAACCAGCUCUGGCCUAUGCCGCCCCAGUUGCCAAGACCAUCUCCUAUGCCGCUCCGGUAGCCAAGACCAUCUCGUACUCCGCCCCGGUGGCCACCAAGACCAUCGUGUCGAGCCAGCCUGCCCUGUCCUACGCCGCCCCGGCUUACGCCACCCAGGCAUACGCCGCUCCUGUGGCUAAGACCUACAUCUCGAGCCAGCCUGCCCUGUCCUAUGCCGCUCCUGUGGCUAAGACCUACAUCUCGAGCCAGCCCGCUCUGUCCUACGCCGCUCCGGCUUACGCCACCCAGGCCUACGCCGCUCCUCUGGCUAAGACCUACAUCUCGAGCCAGCCUGCGCAGUACUCGUUCUCGUACGGAAUCUCCGACGCUCUGACCGGAGACUCCAAGUCCCAGCAGGAGUCGCGCAGCGGAGAUGUUGUCCAGGGAUCGUACUCCGUCGUUGAUCCCGAUGGCACCAAGCGUACUGUGGACUACACUGCCGACCCGCACAACGGAUUCAACGCCGUGGUCCGCCGUGAACCCCUUGCCAAGGCCGUCGUUGCCGCCCCGGUCGCCACCAAAGUCAUCGCUCAACCAGCUCUGGCCUAUGCCGCCCCAGUUGCCAAGACCAUCUCCUAUGCCGCUCCGGUAGCCAAGACCAUCUCGUACUCCGCCCCGGUGGCCACCAAGACCAUCGUGUCGAGCCAGCCUGCCCUGUCCUACGCCGCCCCGGCUUACGCCACCCAGGCCUACGCCGCUCCUGUGGCUAAGACCUACAUCUCGAGCCAGCCUGCUCUUUCCUACGCCGCUCCUGUGGCUAAGACCUACAUCUCGAGCCAGCCCGCCCUCUCCUACGCCGCUCCGGCUUACGCCACCCAGGCCUACGCCGCUCCCCUGGCUAAGACCUACAUCUCGAGCCAGCCUGCUCUUUCCUACUCCGCCCCGGCUUACUUUGUGACCUUCGCCGCUCUGGUCGCCGUCGCUCGCGCCGGUCUGAUCGCCCAGCCUGCUCUGAGCUACGCCGCUGCCCCGGCUCUCCUCUCGGCCCCGGUUGCCAAGGUCGCCUACGCCGCGGCUCCGAUCGCCAAGGUCGCUUACGCCGCCCAGCCCGAGGAGUACGACGCGAACCCGCAGUACUCGUUCUCGUACGGAAUCUCCGACGCUCUGACCGGAGACUCCAAGUCCCAGCAGGAGUCGCGCAGCGGAGAUGUUGUCCAGGGAUCGUACUCCGUCGUUGAUCCCGAUGGCACCAAGCGUACUGUGGACUACACUGCUGACCCGCACAACGGAUUCAACGCCGUGGUCCGCCGUGAACCCCUUGCCAAGGCCGUCGUUGCCGCCCCGGUCGCCACCAAAGUCAUCGCUCAGCCAGCUCUGGCCUAUGCCGCCCCAGUUGCCAAGACCAUCUCCUAUGCCGCUCCGGUAGCCAAGACCAUCUCGUACUCCGCCCCGGUGGGCACCAAGACCAUCGUGUCGAGCCAGCCUGCCCUGUCCUACGCCGCCCCGGCUUACGCCACCCAGGCCUACGCCGCUCCUGUGGCUAAGACCUACAUCUCGAGCCAGCCUGCUCUGUCCUAUGCCGCUCCUGUGGCUAAGACCUACAUCUCGAGCCAACCCGCUCUGUCCUACGCCGCUCCGGCUUACGCCACCCAGGCCUACGCCGCUCCUCUGGCUAAGACCUACAUCUCCAGCCAGCCCGCUCUUUCCUACUCCGCCCCGGCUUACGCCUCUAUCUCGCUCGAUCGUUACGUUUAUGACUUCGGACGGAUCCGGCAGACGGUCGUACGAUCGAUGGAUCACGGGCCGUGGUGUCUCAAUGGUGCUUCACAGUUUGUGACCUUCGCCGCUCUGGUCGCCGUUGCCCGCGCUGGACUGAUUGCCCAGCCGGCGGUUACCUACGCCGCUGCCCCGGCCGUCGUCGCGGCCCCGGUUGCCAAGGUUGCCUAUGCCACGGCUCCGAUCGCCAAGGUCGCUUACGCCGCCCAGCCCGAGGAGUACGACGCGAACCCGCAGUACUCGUUCUCGUACGGAAUCUCCGACGCUCUGACCGGAGACUCCAAGUCCCAGCAGGAGUCGCGCAGCGGAGAUGUUGUCCAGGGAUCGUACUCCGUCGUUGAUCCCGAUGGCACCAAGCGUACCGUCGAGUACACCGCCGACCCGCACAACGGAUUCAACGCCGUCGUCCACCGUGAGCCUCUGGCCAAGGCCGUCGUUGCCGCCCCGGUCGCCACCAAGGUUAUCGCUCAGCCAGCUCUGGCCUAUGCUGCCCCAGUUGCCAAGACCAUCUCCUACGCCGCUCCGGUAGCCAAGACCAUCUCCUAUGCCGCUCCGGUGGCCACCAAGACUGUCAUCUCCCAGCCGGCCAUCGCCUACGCCGCCCCGGUUGCGAAGCUGGCUACCCCGCUCGCCUACACCACGGCCCUCCACCAUUAA